CCUUGAUCAGUGUUGUCAAGAGACCAAGUCAUCAUGGCGGAUCUAGUCGACCAUUCACCCCACCAUCCCAACAGGGCCGCGAAGCUGGACAGUGCCUCCAACGUCAUCCUGAUUGACAACUACGACUCGUUCACCUGGAAUGUGUAUCAAUACCUUGUGCUAGAAGGGGCCGCCGUUCGAGUGUUUCGCAAUGACGAGAUCCCUCUGGAAGACCUGAUCGCCCUCAACCCGACCCAGUUGGUGAUCAGCCCGGGUCCGGGUCACCCGGAGACGGACGCCGGUAUCAGCAGUUCCGCGAUCCAGCAUUUCAGCGGGAAGAUCCCUGUGUUUGGGGUCUGCAUGGGCCAGCAGUGCAUCAUCUCCUCGUUCGGCGGAAAGGUUGAUGUGACGGGCGAGAUUCUGCACGGAAAGACGUCGGUUAUCAAGCAUGAUGGCAGGGGUGCCUACGAGGGGCUUCCGGCUGACCUCUCGGUGACUCGGUAUCAUUCUCUGGCAGGCACACAUUCCACCAUCCCCGAUUGCUUGGAGGUCUCUUCGCAUGCGGAAUUGAACGAUGGCAGUGGCAAGGGCGUCAUCAUGGGCGUACGGCACAAGAAAUUCGCGGUGGAAGGAGUUCAAUUCCACCCGGAGAGUAUCCUUACCGAAAAUGGGCGCACGAUGUUUAGGAACUUCCUCAAACUCACCGCAGGGACUUGGGAAGCCAAUGGCAAGUCGACCGCCCCCGCGCCUAGCUCGGCCCCCUCGAACGGCCCUACGAAGGCAGAUAAGAAGGUUUCGAUCUUGGAUCGGAUUUAUGAUCACCGCAAAGCGGCUGUUGCCGUCCAGAAAACCAUUCCCUCUCAGCGACCCGCAGACCUCCAGGCGGCUUACGAUCUCAACGUCGCGCCUCCGCAGGUUUCUUUUCCUAACCGCUUAAGACAGUCGCCAUACCCGUUGUCCCUCAUGGCUGAGAUCAAGAGGGCGUCUCCGUCCAAGGGCAUGAUCGCUGAAACGGCGUGUGCUCCUGCACAAGCCCGGGAAUAUGCUAAAGCCGGGGCCAGCGUCAUCUCCGUUCUCACAGAGCCAGAGUGGUUCAAGGGGAGCAUUGAUGAUUUGCGUGCGGUCCGUCAAAGUCUAGAGGGCUUUACGAACAGACCUGCUAUUCUACGCAAAGAAUUCGUUUUUGACGAAUAUCAGAUCUUGGAAGCCCGUCUGGCUGGUGCCGACACGGUCUUGCUUAUUGUGAAGAUGCUUAGCAUUGACCUCCUCACCAGACUCUACCAUUACUCGCAGAGUCUAGGCAUGGAACCCCUUGUUGAAGUCAAUACGCCCGAGGAAAUGAAGAUUGCAGUGGAACUGGGGUCUAAGGUGAUUGGUGUCAACAAUCGGGACCUGACUAGCUUCGAGGUUGACCUGGGCACCACAAGUCGUUUGAUGGAUCAAGUCCCCGCCAGCACUAUUGUCUGUGCGUUGAGUGGGAUAUCAGGCCCCAAGGAUGUAGAGGCCUACAAGAAUGAGGGAGUCCGAGCUAUCCUGGUCGGUGAAGCACUUAUGCGGGCUCCGGACACAUCUGCUUUCGUUGCAGAGCUUCUCGGGGGAGCCACGGAACAACUCCCGAAAGUGUCUCAAAAUUCGCCUUUGGUGAAGAUCUGUGGCACUCGUUCUGAGGAGGGAGCACGAGCUGCGAUCGAAGCGGGGGCCGAUUUGAUCGGGAUUAUCCUCGUUGAGGGGCGGUCACGAUGUGUUCCCGAUGAUGUCGCUCUGCGUAUCUCUCAACUGAUCAAAUCGACACCGCGCCCUGGCGCUCAAUCCACCGCCAAAACUCAAGGAGCGUCAAACGCAUCUUCCAUUGACUACUUUGAGCAUUCUGCCAAGCUGCUACGCCAUCCCACUAGAGCGUUGCUUGUCGGUGUGUUCCUCAACCAGCCUCUGGAGUACGUGCUGGCCAAGCAGCAGCAACUGGGCCUGGAUGUCGUCCAGCUGCAUGGUUCCGAGCCCCUGGAUUGGGCUAGGCUGAUCCCGGUUCCUGUCAUUCGCAAAUUCGCCCUCGAUGAGCCUGGACUCUCACGCCGGGCUUACCACACACUGCCCCUCCUAGACUCCGGGGCUGGUGGCUCUGGUGAACUGUUGGACCAGACCCACGUCCAGCAAGUCCUUGGUGGCGAUGAUGGUCUGCGUGUCAUCCUCGCAGGGGGCUUGAACCCCACCAACGUUGUUGAUACGAUCAAGAAGCUGGGUCAAUCAGGGCAGAAGGUUGUCGGGGUGGAUGUGAGCUCCGGCGUGGAGACCAACGGCGCUCAAGACCUGGACAAGAUCCGAGCUUUUGUGCAGGCAGUCAAAGGCAUCGCAUAGAUACUGUCAUUUUUCGUUAUUAGAAUAAGGAUUUAUUGUGUCACGCAUCUAUGAUGACGAUCUUACUACGAGUUUUCUUGAGCUUUAUCUCAUACUUAAUCCACUUGCCCUGUG